AUGUCCGACUUCUCACGAUUGCCCGCCCGAGGCAGCUCCUCGCCAGCACCUCCGCCUCCCCCACCACCAGCUCCCGUGCAACAAAGUCACAAAUAUUCCAACCGCGCGGCCAGUGCUCUGGCAAGAUUCGCCCAGCCCUUCUUCUCAGGGUCUCGACCUCCUAGCCCGCACACGGCGGGAAGUCGUGCAGAUUUGUCUGCUGGUCCCCGUUCAACAAGGUCCAAGUCAUUACCUGGAGCAUCCCAAACUGUUACGCAUAAGACUGGUAUUCCUAUUGCCGCUCUAGAUAUCUCCCCGCAGCGGACACAUGCAGUCAUUGGCGGAAAGGAGAUUCUGAAGACCAUUCGCGUUUCGCCUGAUCAUUCUUCCGAGGAAUUCAAUCUUCGCAAUGCUAUCAUCAGUUAUUCAUCCACCCACCAUGGUGGCAGUGGACUCUCCGCCCGGCAUAAAGACCAGCUGACUGUGAGAGAUGUCAAGUGGUCACAUGGUGAAUAUGACCAGAUUAUUGCCACGGCGGUGGCCAAUGGCCGCAUCGUGGUGUAUGAUCUGCGCCGAACUGGCUUGGAAUGCUGCCGAUUCCAGGGCCACAGCCGCCAGGUCCAUCGGUUAGCCUUCAACCCGCACCAUGCGUCAUGGCUUCUAUCGGGGAGUCAGGAUUCUUCCAUCCGAAUGUGGGACUUGCGGACAGCUUCUGCGGAACGUGGCGUCUUGGUGUGUGGGAGCCUGGAUCUGUUCCACGGUAACAGUGAUGCCGUCCGGGAUAUCAGGUGGUCGCCAACCGACGGGGUCAUGUUCGCAACUGCAACAGACAGCGGUGCGAUACAACUGUGGGACUGCCGCAAGUCAAGUGCUCCGUUGAUGCGGAUUACUGCCCAUGACCGCCCGUGCUUCUCGGUAGACUGGCAUCCUGAUGGGAAGCACAUCGUCAGCGGUGGUACAGAUAGACAAGUGAAAGUCUGGGAUUUUUCUUCUUCUGCUGAACGCCGACAGAAGCCAACCUUCCAAUUUCGGACCCCUCAGGCAGUUCUCAACGUCCGAUGGCGUCCUCCGUCGUGGGCUAGGGAACCGGAGGGCUCUGGUGAUUGGCAGUCAUCCCAAGUAGUGACAUCUUACGACAAGGAAGAUCCGCGAGUUCAUCUUUGGGAUCUUCGCAGGCCACACAUACCGUUCCGCGAAUUCGAUCGGUAUGAUGCUCACGCUACUGACUUGCUCUGGCAUUCCAAGGACCUGUUAUGGACAGUAGGUGAAGCUGGGGCCUUCACUCAAACUGAUAUCCGAUACGCUCCUCAGGUUAUCAACCAACGCCCGACCUGCUCGGUGGCUUGGAGUCCGAGCGGCGAAGUCCUAGCCUUCGCCCAGAAACGUCCCCAACGUAGUACUCUUGGUCUCAGCACCACUGAGUUCGUGGGCCCUCAACAUGAAGAGAACAACAGUGGUGAGGUUUUGAGUCAAAGCCCUGCAGAAGAUGUUCUCGAUGAGACUUCAUUUGCUUCUAUCCGCCAUCGGCAUAGCAAGUCGAGUAGUGUUCGGCCGUCUAAAUCCUUAGGCAGUACCCCGCCUGGUGUGGGGGAUCUCAUUCCUAUUCUCCCAUUAGAGAAGGUUUUGUCGAAGAUGAAACCUCCCGAGGCACGCCAGAUUGGAGCAGUUGGAGGCAUUCCGGGCGCUACAAUGGAUCGAGAUACCUUUCAAUACUUGGCAUCCAAUUACUCUUCUCUGCUCGAUGGUGCUGAUGCUGUUCGCAUGGAUAAGUUUUCAUCCAUGCUCGAAUCACUAGACCACAAUGCACAGUGCUCGGAGGACGUUUCUCUUCUCAAACUAGCGCAAACUUGGCGCAUUAUCAAAUUUGCUGUCGUCCAAGAGCUCGAGACCAGAGCUAGAGAGCAGCGUCGCAACUUAGACAAAGGGCCUCGCACCAUGAAGAAAAAAUCAUCCAAGGAGGGUCCUGUUUCUGAGAAACCACGGGUGGUCGAAGAUGGGAGACAGGACAAAUUGAAAACCAGGAUGUUCAAGGGGGUUGUGGAAAACGAAACAUUGAAGCUUCCACUAACAGACUCUGAAAGCGCGUCAAAUAUGACGACGCCUCUCGCGCAGCCAUUGCCUGACUCCCCUCUUGGGUCUUUGGACAGCUCGACUUCGCACAUGACAUCUUUGAAUGACAACACGGAAAUGAAGCCUCUUCCACCGUCGGUUCUCAGCUCUAAUCAGGGCACCAUGACGUCGAAUGAUUGGUCAUCGAUGUCAGAUAUUGAUCCACAGCCAGUCCAUCAAUUACAGCAUCGUCAAUCUGAUGCAAGUGAAGAUGCCCCUAUCCCACCUGACAGUCUGCCCUCCGAGCCAGGACCUGCUCCGGUGCUUCAAGAUAACGGGGAAGACCAAAGAUCUGCCCCUCGAGCCAUCUCUGGCAGAACAGAUUGGCAUUUGGGCGCUUCAAAGGGGACUUCUGAGGUAGACGAAUACGACCAGAAACUGGAGGACAAGAAAGCAGCUAUUCGCGACUAUAGGACCUUUCCCAAGAAGGUUCUCUCAUUAGAAUCUCCUAUGGUGCCUAUUAAACCGCCUGGUUUCCACCGGCAUGAGUCCUCGGAGAGCUUCCCCAUGUUCUCAGCCUCAACAGAGAGCUCCCAUCCGUCCAAAUCAAUGGCCACAUCGUUAUCUUCAGCAGCGAAGCUGUAUGAGGCUCGCGAGGACGGAGAUGUUGACCAGGAAGCGGCUACUGCAGAGCCUGGUAACAGCUAUACUGAAGUCAAGGCGUCAGUCCCAAGGGCUAUUCCUGUAAUUGACAAAGCUACUCAGGGUUGUGAGACAUUAGAAAGUAUUCCUGAUUCAGAGCAUAUACACCUCGAGCGACCGUCUAGUCCCCCUACUCUUCUGAAAGAGAGUCGGCCUCUGAAUGCUCCAGGUCAAGAAGAUGAAGAUCCAGUGCAGAACGACUUGACAGCCAGUGGAGGAACUAGUGAGUUGAUUGGUGUGACUGUCCCCGUCAGCCCUGACGUGACAACGAACAAGCCCUGGAGCGUUGAAAUGCUUUUCAAAGAAGCAAUUCGACACUACCAUAGUGGGAACCACGUGGACAUCCAGUCUGCUGCACACUUACUGCAGAAGCUACGAAUUCUUUUCAAGGACUGCGAGAAGAUUCUUCCCGACGAUGAGGCAGAAUACAUAUUCAGAGCUUACAACGAGCAGUUGGUGCGCCAGUCAAUGUACAUCGAAGCUGCCGAGCUUCGACUUUUAUGUGUCCCGUCUUACCCAGCAGUCUACGAAUACGCCCAGGGGGACACAUUCAUGAACGUGUUUUGUUUCACAUGCAAACGUCCUUACGAAAACCCAAAGACCGAUAAUACGCGUUGUCAUCGCUGUAACACUCCCCAGGAGCCAUGCGCCAUAUGCAUGAGCCUUGACCCGCCACCUGAGUGGGUUGCAGAGCUCUCCAAUGCAUCCGCCCAUUCAACUCCAGAGCUGACCUCCGAGGCCGCAUCACACGCACUCUCAUCAUCACAUUCUUCACUGAGAACCGAACCCAUUCCCCAGAGUGAAUUACAGCGUCUCGACACUCUUCUCUCCGAUCCAUCGCAGCACCCUCGACCCAAAGGAUCCACUCUCUGGACCUGGUGCCAAGGCUGCGGCCACGGGGGUCACUUGGCUUGCAUAAGCACAUGGUUAAACGAUAUCUCCAUCAGCGAAGGUGGUUGCGCUACUCCAGGAUGUAUGCAUGAUUGCGGCCCUGGCCCACGUCGCGAACAUAACCGCUCCAUCCUGCUAGAGGAAUCGAAGAGACGUGACACUGCCGGCCGAAAAGCCGGUGUAGGCUUCAUCAAAAGAGACACAUGGACGAAAGGAGAAAGCAGAGCCGUCGAGAAAGUUCGCGGCAUGCUAGGCGUCGGUGCAUCAGCCGGGAGCGCUUCCACAACAGCUACCACCGCAACAAGUGGUGGGCCUAGCGGGGCUUCCACUAGCACAAUGUCACCCAAGAAGGUGCGAUUGAUAACGCCCAGUGAACAGGGUCAACCGCGUCGAAGUGGUCCGCGAACUAGUCUUGGAGGCAUAAGUGGGCUUAGCGGCUAA